AUGGAUUUACGAAAAUGGUUUUGUCCUGCUAAGCCUCUUCCAUCAGCAGACUCGGACACUCCGGCCACCACCACCAGCAGCACUGUCUCUGAGAGCCGUGCUGGCCUUUCAUCUGAUGCUAGCACCGGACAACCACCAGCGUCAACAGACUUAACGGUAACUAAUGUUAACGCAGCAAUAGAACAACAAUCUAAAAACCCUCCAAGUCAGCGAACAGCGGUUGAUGAUAUCGGGACUGACAGCCCUGUCCAAAUUGUGUUAAAACAGUAUCCUGUAACUGUUUACAGUGGUAAGGGGCGAUCAUUCGUUGAUAAAUGGUUUCACGGCAGAGAAUGGUUGGAGUACAGUGUCAAGGCAGACGCAGCAUUUUGUUUUUGCUGUCGGAUGUUCAGCAUUACUAGAAAAUCUGGAACAUUGGAUGCCUUCGCGAGUGUGGGCUAUCGUAACUGGAAACACGCUAUGGCCAAAGACCGUGGAUUUCAUAAACAUGAAAAUUCAAAGGAUCACAUGUCUUGUUAUGCAAUGUGGAAAGAGAGGGAGAUGCGUCGCAAGACGGGGAAUGAGGUAUCAACCCUUAUCAAUGCAGAUCAACUAAGGAAAAACCGGUAUUAUGUGUCCUCACUUAUAGAUGUGGUUGGGUUUUUGGUUGAAAACCAGUUGCCACUACGGGGAAAGAUUGACGCUUUUGAUGACAUGUCGGAGGGGGGGUCUGGACUUUUCCUUUCCAUGCUUUUUUACACCAUCCAAAAGGAUCCUGAAUUGGCGAAUGUGGUGAAGACAAUCCCUCGCAAUGCCACUUACACCUGUCAUGAUAUGCAAAAUGAACUUAUAAAAACACUCAGUAGUGUGGUGACAGAGGCUAUAGUGGAGGAAGUUGGUGACUCCUUUUACACUUUGAAAGUUGAUGGGACGCGUGACCCCACAGGAUGUGAAAAUAUAUCGAUUGUGCUUCGAUUUGUGAAUGAGUCUUACGAAGUUACAGAGCGUCUACUGUGCAUCGCUACGGCUCAGAAAGGUGACGCACAGACAUUAACUGACACCGUUCUGACUGAGCUUAACAAGGUUGGCCUGGAUAGCUCAAAAAUUCUGAGUCAGGUAUAUGAUGGAGCUGCGCUUAUGUCGGGGAAACGUGGUGGUGUUCAGAAAAUUCUACAAGACAGACUUGGACGUGAGAUACCAUAUGUGCACUGCCUCAACCAUCAGUUGCAUUUGGUCGUGGUUCAUGCCAUGUCUGCAGAGACCGCACUUUUGGACUUUUUUGAAGUGUGCGAUUCCCUCUACAAGUUCUGUAGAAAGCCAACGGUUGCUAUGCAUUAUAAAGGCGAGCAUCUUAAACGUCUUCUGACACAGAGAUGGACAGGGCAUCUUGCCACUGUCUCAGUCAUUCUUAAGUCAUUUAAUGACAUAAAAGCGAUUCUGACCGAUGCUGAUACUGUGCUGAACUAUGGGGCAGAGACGAGAAUGGAAGCUACGGGCCUGCUGCGCGAGAUAUCUGAGCCAAGUUUCAUGUUCCUUGCCAACCUAACCCACAGAGUCCUUUCUCUAUUGGACCCACCGAACAAGCUUCUCCAGAGAGAGGACACUGACUUGUUGACAGGUUUGUGUGUUGUGGCGAGUGCAACAGCAUGUGUUAAAAAACUCCGUUGUGAUGACGAGUUUAAACAGAUGCUGGACACUGCUACGCCCACCAGCGAGUCACUGAGACCCGGACCCAAACGGAGGCGCAUAGAGAGCACACGGAUGGAUGGUUACAUCGUAACAGAGCCUACAGGAGGACACAGAGGUGAUGAUGACUUUGAAACUGAACUUCGGAGAUUGUACUACAACACAAUUGAUUCGGUGGUUGGGGAACUGGAGCGUAGAUUCAGCGAGCGCAACUCACAACUGGCAAGUGCACUUGCAGCACUAAAUCCAGAGGCCGAUAACUUCCUUGAUGUGAAAGCGGUGAAGCACAUUCUCGACCUGUCACAAACCAUAAUGAUUGACGCUGAGUUUGAAGUUGCUAAAGAGUUUUUAAUGUCACAAAAGCAAGCAAUGCAGGGGGACUGGACCAUACAGCACAUAAUCUCAACGUACCACAACCAUCUGAUUGCCAUGCCCAGUGUGCUGGCUGCUUUCAAACAUGCCUUAACAUUUGGCGCAUCCACAGCAAUGUGUGAGAAUUCAUUCUCCACUCUGAAAAAUGUUUUUUCGGAACACAGACGCACAAUGCUACACGAAAGAAAGGCCAGGUUGGUGCAGCUUGCUUUCGAGAAAGACUUGACACGCAAAUGCACAAGUGAAUGGAAGGACAGAGUACUUAGACGGUUCAGCAGCAACACUCGUCGCCUGCAACUCUUUUGA